AUGCUAGAGAAACAGUCGUGUUAUUAUAGGAGAGGAAGAUAGCAGCUCAGUGAUCCAAAGGAGGAAGAGAAGUAGGAGAAGUGUACACACCAAUGGCUUCUCUAUCUUCCAUCUCCGCCCUCUCCAAACCCCUCUCCCCAAAUCCCAAAGCUGUCACCUUUAAGCCUCGCUUCUCCAUCUCAUGCUCUUCUUCCUUACCCCAACAACAAGAAGGAGAAGACUCCAUCUCUUCCUCUCUCAAGACCUUCUCCGCGGCCUUGGCGCUCUCUUCCCUCCUCGUCUCCUCCGCCGCCGCCCCUCCCCCAGCGGCCGCCGACAUCUCCGGCCUCACUCCCUGCAAGGAGUCCAAGGCCUUCGCGAAGCGAGAGAAGCAGUCCAUCAAGAAGCUGGAGGCCUCCCUGAACAAGUACGCGCCCGACUCAGCGCCGGCGCUCGCCAUUAAGGCCUCCAUCGAGAAGACCAAGCGCCGGUUCGAGAACUACGGCAAAUUCGGCCUCCUGUGCGGCUCCGACGGUCUGCCCCACCUCAUCGUCAACGGCGACCAGCGGCACUGGGGCGAGUUCAUCACCCCGGGCCUGUUCUUCCUCUACAUCGCCGGCUGGAUCGGGUGGGUCGGACGGAGCUACCUGAUCGCCAUCCGGGACGACAAGAAGCCCACCGUGAAGGAGAUCAUCAUCGACGUCCCGCUCGCCAGCCGGCUGUUGUGGAGGGGCUUCAUCUGGCCAGUGGCGGCGUACAGGGAGCUCGUCAACGGGGAGCUCGUCGCCAAAGACGUGUGAUCCGCCGGUGCAGUUGAGAUGAAACGCCGCUAUCUAUCAAAUUAGCUUCAAACAGUGUCAUAUUGGUGCAAGAAAAAGAGGGGGGGAGGAGCUCAGUUUGGGUUCAUAACACAAAAUCUACAUAUGCUCGAGUGUUGUGUAUUCAAGACUUGUAUAUGUAUUUGUAAUUUAUCUUUGAACUUCCCAUUCUUUUGAAAGCCAA